AUGACAUGCAGGAACAUCCCUCGCGAGUCGCGAUGGCCUCACGGGAAUUCUUCUUACAGGCCCCUCCCGAAAAGGGAACCUUCUCAUCUUAUUCCAUGUCACAUCUCACUUUCGAUGCACCAUCCGCACGCGUUACCAUCGGGCCCUCCGCUCCACAUGCCGUUGCGCGAGUCGCGGAAGACGUUACCAAAAUGUAGCCCGAGCUUAUCGAUAAUCGAAAGGGAUUCAAUAAAUCCCACUGCGGUGCAACGUCGGGGCCCUGAUUUUACGUCACAUCGAACCGCGGGGUCACAACUUUGUUUUGCGUCUUAUCCACGAGAUGUAGUAGCAAGAGCUUCGGCCGAGCUUGUGAGAGGAAACCCGUGCCCCGCGAGAGAGGAUCCCAUUGGACAUCGAAGAGAGCUCUACCGCGAGGGGGAGCUUUGA